AAGAAGAGGAUACGUUUACCUGUGUACCUCUGUGUCUUUGGCAGAUGGAAGAUGUACCGCAGGCGUUAUUUAUAGCCGAAGAGAAUCUCAUGAGAGGAUCAGUGCUGAUGGGCUUUCACUCGAAAUUAGCAGAUAUGUCCGACUUGGUUUGUUUUUAUGCGAGAGCUGACUAAAGGUGAUCGGAAGGUAUUAGUUGAUAUACGAGAAAGUUAAUGUAGCCAAUACUUUUGGAAUAUUCAUUUAUCUAAUACAAGUGAUGAUCAGUAAUGACGUAAUAUGAAUCCCGGAAGUGGUUUGACAGAACCUAGUGUUUCUGGGAAUACUCUACGUCCGUAUCUACGCCGGAAGAAGUCGUCCUUUGGCGAGACAAAAGUAGCGGUCAUUGGAACAGAUGGUGUCGGCAAAAGUGCACUAUCCGUAAGGUUCCUGACAAAGAGGUUUAUUGGAGAGUAUGACCAGACAGUUGAGUCCAAGUAUAAGUACACUACAACUAUAGACGGGGAUACGAUUACAUUCGAAGUACUGGAUACUGUAUCAGAGAAUGAUGACUGUGGGGCCCGUGAUGACGUAUUAAGGUGGGCAGAUGGCGUUCUGGUCGUGUACUCAGUAGUGAGCAGAGAUUCAUUUGAUAUGAUACAAGAAAUUAGGAGAAGAAUUGACGAAAAUAGAAAAGGUGCAAGCAUUCCAAUGGUACUUUUAGGAAAUAAAUGUGACCUUGCUCAUAUGAGGAAAGUCACUCAAGAAGAGGGACAACGCUUAGCCAAUGAAAUGGGAUGUCCUUUCCUGGAGGUUUCCGCCUCUGAAGAUGUUGACACAGUAACCGAAGCAUUUCUUACCUUAUCACGUGAGGUUGUAGAUUUCAAGAGGCGUUCCCGCACCUUCUUUGACAGAGUAUUUGGUGCGUUUGGAAGGGAAAAAGUGUCAACUUGAUUACUUGUCUUUCAUGUGUUUGAAAUCCGAUUGAAGUGUUUACAGUUUUUUUUAUGGUGUUUCGUUUUAUAUGUUGUUGAUGCAUAAUAGUUUUCAAUAAAUAUAUCUUGUUUUUG